GACAGUAAAAGGAUGGAGGGACCGAGACGCACGCAGACAGCCUAGACGGAGUCUUUCUCCGUCCGUACUCCUUGAAUUUCUCCACAUUCCGAUGAUGUGUGUCUCACUGGGGGCUCCUGUGUGAUAUUUCGCCACAGUUUCGCCUCGCCACGCUCAGAGCCAGUUGCGUCGUAGUCCAGCGCGUGGAAAAGACACCGCUAUUCGUUAAUGAAAAUAAUUUGUUUCGCCGUUUGUUCAGAAAAUAUCAGAUUAAGUCGGAAAGAUUCCUGGGGCGACACAGCGGUUUGACAUUUUCGAAGGAAAUAGCUUUUUAUUAUUAUUAUUAUAUUUUUCUGUAAUCAAUCCUCAAACGUGGACACACGCAGACGAAGGACAGUUAAGGAUGUCAACCAGCAAACCCGCCGACCUGGACCAGGAGGAAGAUUCCAUAUACCAACACAUUUUAAGAAAUAUUUUCUAAAAGACAAACAGCUUACAUUUCUUCCUGACAGGAGGUGUGGCGCUUUGGUGGUGUUCCAAUUUAGAUGGCACAUGGAUGGACGACUUUCAUGCGAAGAAAUGAGAAAAAAAAGCAAAUAGCCCAUGUAACUUUACACGUCACACGUGGUCACACCAGCGAGUAAUUAACGCUUUUAAGUAGCGGACUUUUUACCUGCGCUCUCGUGGAACUCGGGGAGGUGCGCUCAAUGUUUCACCUAGGACACACCGGUACCGACGGUACCUGCGGGACAUAAAAACGCAGCUGGGACUCGAAAGCAGCUUGGUGCUGUGAUGCCGGAUACAUUAACGCUAAUAAAGAACCGGACAGAGCCACGGCUGGGGCAGCUGGAGCGCACCCUGGCCACGGAGGGGACCGCCCGCCCCGCCUGGGUCAUAGCUAUCUUAGCCAGUAUUUUGAUCUUCACCACAGUGGUGGAUGUGCUGGGAAACCUGCUCGUAAUCAUCUCGGUCUUUAGGAACCGCAAGCUGAGAAACUCCGGUAAUGUGUUUGUGGUGAGUCUGGCAUUUGCUGACCUUGUGGUAGCCUUCUACCCCUAUCCCCUGGUUCUCUAUGCUCUCUUCCAUGACGGAUGGGCACUGGGAAACACACAAUGCAUGGUCAGUGGUUUCCUGAUGGGGCUGAGUGUCAUCGGUUCCAUUUUCAACAUCACUGGGAUUGCAGUGAACAGAUACUGCUAUAUCUGUCACUCCUUCUCUUACAGCCGACUGUACAGCUAUCGCAACACUUUGCUGUUUGUUGCCUUAAUUUGGGUGCUCACAAUUGUGGCCAUUGUCCCGAAUUUCUUUGUUGGUUCUCUGCGCUAUGACCCGCGGGUCUAUUCCUGCACCUUUGCCCAGAAUGUCAGCAGUUCCUACACAGUGGCUGUAGUGGUUGUUCACUUCCUGGUGCCCAUUGCAGUAGUUACCUUUUGUUAUCUACGCAUUUGGGUUCUUGUAAUUCAGGUUCGACGUAAAGUGAAGACUGAAGAGAGUCCUCGCCUCAGACCAAGUGACUUGCGGAAUUUCAUCACUAUGUUUGUGGUAUUUGUGUUGUUUGCUAUCUGCUGGGCCCCACUUAACCUGAUAGGCUUGGCGGUGGCAAUAGAUCCGACCCGUGUGGCGCCCCUCAUCCCUGAGUGGCUUUUUGUGGUGAGCUACUUCAUGGCCUACUUCAAUAGCUGUCUGAAUGCCAUCAUCUAUGGUUUACUUAACAGGAAUUUCAGGAAUGAGUACAAACGCAUUGUCACCUCUGUUUGGGUGACCCGGCUUUUUGUGACGGAGACAUCAAGAGCUGCCACAGACGGAAGGAGCAUGAGGAGCAAACAGUCACCGCCUCCGCCGCUCAACAACAAUGAAUCAGUCAGAGAUCGAGGAAACAAAGAAUGAAAUCUGAAUUCUUAAGCCUAUCGAGGGUUAAUUCCUGUUUUAUCUGAUAUCCAGGCAGCUGUGCAGCUAAAGAGUAACAAUUAACAGAUGAAACUGAAAGUCAUGGCUUUGUUUUCUACUUCACAGUUAGGAUAUAAACAAUUACACAAUUCAAAGGUGUGUAAUAGGUUAAAAAAAACAAACAAAAAAAAAAACUGUUAACCCUUUAAAGCCAGACUAAAGAUAAAAUGGGGAGAAAAUUCUACAUUUUUAGCUGACAUCUUAAUUUUGCCCAUUAACAAAAUGAUUAAAAAAAAAAAAAAAAAAAAAAAAAUCAUCUUUGUAUAUUUACCGUUUAUUACUGUGCGAUAUGUCAGAAUUACUGUAGUGCAACAGGUGUCCACCAGGGGGCAGAAGACUAGUAUCAGAUUGUG